AUGAAUCCAGGAACAGAGUAAUUGAACUACGAAGUGGGAACUCCAUAAAUGCCUUAUAAUUAUGAUUUGGAUGGCCAAUUCUAUUUGCCUAUAUCGAAUCAAAUCUACCAAAAAGUAUAUAGUCAGUACACCUACCAUCUGCCUACCUUCUUACUUAUGCCCCAACAACCAAUCUAUCAACCAUGUCCUCAGGUCAAGAGCAAAAGAAGAAGAAAAACAGGAAUUAUUGAACUGGAAAUGAGAUAACCUGAAGUAAAAAUAGUAAAGGAAAUUGCGACAGACACUGAAUAAGUUUAAAUAUCACUAGGAUUAUCUAGAUAACCAAAUUAGAAAAAGAAUUACAUAUGGUCAAAGCAAUUAGAACAUGAACAUGAGAACAAUGCAUAAAAAGACAGGACAAUUUCUGAGCUCAGGACUCAAAUCUAGAAAAAUGAUUUGUCCAGAAGCUCAAGCUUGGUUUCAUUGUAAACCACACUUGUUGAAAGAGAGAGAUAAAUUACAAAAUAGGACGGCAUCAUUUCUCAACUAUAAGCAGAUAUUAAUCUACUUAGAGGGGAAUUAGACGAUGCUCAUCAUCAUAUUGAUGAGUUGUAAACCACUCAUGAAGAAGUAACUGUUGAAAACUGA